AUGGUAAUGAUGAUGCGCUACGUGCUGUGUAUCCUCGCUCUCCUGCUCUCAUGUGCGUGUGUGUACGUCCUCGCUGAAGAAGUGCCUGCCGCCGAUCUUUCCGACCAAGUCCCUGAUACGGAUAGUGAGACAAAGUGCACUCAAGGUACUUCUCGUACUUCUGAUGCUCCUGAAUGUAAGGAAGCUAAAGUUAAACCUGAGACAACACUUGGACCUAAACCGGAUGCUUCCAGUGCCCCUGGUGGUGGCGGUGCUCACGCUGGUAAUGUAGAACAGAGUACUUCUGCUAAUGGACGAAGUCCUCAAGGUACCAAAGGUGAAGCUGAAUGCUCUGCUGGCGCUGUUGGUGAUAAUGAAAAUUGUCGUACUACUACUACAAGUGAAUCUUCUGCACCUGGACAUGGUAGUAGUGGUAGUGGAGAGAGUCAACCAACACAAGUUACAGCACAAAGGACUGAGACGGUCAGUGAUGUACAAGACCCACCGGGUCCUCCCGGUGAAUCUGGUACUGCAGUUGAUGAUACCACAGGUAGAGAUGCUGCUGCUGAUCCCUCUCCUGGUCCUACUUCUGAAUCUCCUACUACUGGGGAGAUUGGUGGUGCAUCGUCUGCAAGUGAAGGUCAUGCUGGAGGAAGUGAGGGAAAUGCAAAUGGAACAGCAGAACAACCUUCUACUAACGGUUUAACCACAACGGGUGGCGGUGAAAAUUCUAGUGCCGCAACGAAUGAGAACGACCCCUCAUCUGCAGGAACUGCAAAUUCUGGGGAUGAAACUACAACAAAUAAUGAGGAAUCAACCUCUAUCUCAACCACAACAACAACAACACUUCCUCCUGAACUCACAAACAACAAGAAGGGUGAUGCAGACAGCAGCAGCAGUAUCAACAGUUCUGUGUGGGUGCGUGUACCACUACUGAUUGUGGUUACACUGGCCUGUAUUCUUGUGUGCUGA